AUGAAUUUUUUAUUUCCUAAAAUAUAGACCAGACCAAUUAAUUUAUUGGAAAAAUAAUGUCAAAGUGCACUCAAAGAAAUGAGUUCACCUAAACAACAACAACAAAAAUAUGAUUCCAAAAAACACUUAAUUAAACAUAGCUUUAGUGAUAGAUCAUAUAAUAAUUAAAUAGGAAAGGUUUCUCAUAUUAUAAAUGAUCAUUCUACAGAUAAUAAAUAAUUAAGAGAUUUAAAUAAAAAAAGUAUAUCUGUUAGUAGUGUUGGAGUUAAUUCAAAAACAGAGAAAUAUAAAAUUCAUCUUGAUGUAAUUGAAAAUCAAAAUCCAAUCUAAAUACCUCAUUUAAGUUUAAAAACUCCUUAAAAAUAUCCUCCAAUUCUAACUAGUAAAAUACUACCAUCAGCUAGGAGAUUUAAAACAGAAAUAAGUGAGGGCACAUAAUAAUAAAUUUAUAAAAUUUCUAAUCAUUUUACUAUUCAAAAAGUAAAAGAUAGACAAUAAAAAUUAGUUAAAAAUAUCUAAUCUCUAAUUGAAUAUGCUAAUUCAUCUAGGGAUCAGAAACUUUGUAAAUUAUUCGAUAAAUUAAAACAUGAUCUAAAUUUAGAUGAUAUAAAAUAUGAAAACGAAUGA